GCUAAACAUCACCAUCCCCAAUACAACCAAAUACAGCUUCGAGAGUCAUCAAUCUCGACAACAUGAAGUUUCAUAGCUUCUUACUACCUGCCCUAGCUGGCAUUACCACUGCUAGCGCCGAAGAACAACUACAAAAUGCAGAAGCUUAUAUCAUCAACCAAUCCAAAACACGCCUCCCAACACCUCCUUCGAUACCAAGAGAGCUUGCUCAAGCUAUCCUUCUUCAACGCCUUAGCACAUUAGACCAACCAUCGACUUUAGGUCAACUACCCGAGUCACUUUCCCAAGAUGUAGCGAUAUCAUACGUCAAUCAAUUUGGAAAGGCGCCUCUACCAUUAUUUGAGCAGACGGAUGUAAACCAACCUGCCCAGUUGGUUAUUGCUUUCUCCGGCGUCACAACCAAGAACCAAAAGGAUCUCACAGCUGCUAUAUCCGAUGUCCCCCUCGCUUUCACAGCUCCUGGAUUGAGCCGAUUAUCUGUACAAAAGAAGACGCUAGGAUCAAACUGUGGAUUCGAGCAAUCCAUCAACCCAAACAAUGAAAAGUGCUGGAAGGGAAAGACGCAGUACCUCGAGUAUGAUGCGAAGAACACCAAAGCCAUCGCGCAACUAAAACAACACCUCUCAACCCUCAACGCCCUCUCCCUCGAUACCAAAAUGGAAACUACAAUCCUCUUCCUCGCCGACCCAUCCUCCCAAUCCGAAGAACUCCGCCGUCGCGAGAUCGAAGAGGACGAACUUGUUAUGGCCAAGGAUACAUCUAUCAAUCCCAUCGACCUACCGACCGCAGACUCAACAUUUAAUUCCGCUCCGAACCCCGAUAAGCCAUUCCACGCGUUCGCCUCAUCAAGCAGUCCCCGCCCAGUAAUCCCCGCGUGCUUCACAUCGCAUAACGCGUGCAUAAGCGCGACCGAUAGUUGCUCAGGCCACGGACAAUGCGUCGAUCGAUGGGAGAAGGUCGAAGGCCAACAUGAUUCGUGUUUCUUCUGCUAUUGCAUGGCAACCAACGAGACCGAUGCUAAGGGACGCACCGGUGUGUACCAUUGGGGUGGAAAUGCAUGCCACAAACAAGACGUCAGUACCCCUUUCUGGUUAUUCGCUGGUGUGAGUAUUGCGCUUGUAGCUACGAUUGCGUUUUCGAUUGGUCUGUUGUUUAGUGUGGGCGAGGAGAAGUUACCUGGUGUGAUUGGAGCUGGUGUUUCGAGGUCGAAGUAAACAACUUGAAAAUUAGCGGAGCGAAGCAAGAUUAUUCCAAUUCCGAAAGGAAUGGAAUUCACUACAGAAGUGCGCUAGGAGUGUAGGAAGAAAUGCUACGCCGUCACGUUAUGUGUAGGUGAUAGGUAAUGCGGAUGCAGAUGUAUCAUACGUGUACUGAUACCGGGGAAACGAACGAAACAAUACAUUGGGCGCUGGUUAGCAUAUCAUCAUCAUCUCUAUAUCACCCUUUUUCAUAAGAGGGAGAGUGUAACACGGUAUUUUCAUUAUGUAGAAGGUUCAAGACAUUAUCAAUAAGAUUCAUUAAAUUGA